AUCAGAUCGAGCAUAAGAAGUUCACCUAUAUGUUCAGGGAUUCAGCAACCGCGCUCACUCUUCCUGACCAGUUCCUCCUCUCCUCCUCUUCCUUUAAUUCAGCUUUCCUGCUUUCAUGUAAUCUCAAGUUAAUCUACAGAGGACCAUACGAAGCAUAUCAGUUGUUACUUUCGGUCAAGCUUGGGAAAGAUCAGAGCUUGAUAUAUAGGAGCGUUCAUGGAUGGAUAUUGGAGGGAGGUUGAAUGCAAGAAAGUGCAUGAUCCAUUGUUCUAUCCAAAUUUCCAUGAUUCGGAGGACUCCGGAUCGCUGCAGGGUCUCUGUACUUCCUGGAAGGAGCCAUUAUUCGUUCCGGGGCCGAUCAUCGUCGGCGGCGGGCCGUCGGGGCUGGCCGUGGCCGCUUGUCUCAAUGCGAAGGGCAUCCCGAGCGUUGUCCUGGAGCGAGCCCACUGCAUCGCCUCGCUGUGGCAGCUCAAAACAUACGACCGGCUCCGCCUCCACCUACCCAAGAAGCAUUGCGAGUUGCCCCUGACGCCCUUCCCCUCCUGGUUCCCCACCUACCCGACCAAGCACCAGUUCGUGUCCUACCUCGAGGCCUACGCGCGGGAGCACGGCGUCCGUCCGCGCUUCAACGAGACGGUGGUCGCCGCCGAGUACGACCCGGUGCUCGGCUUCUGGCGGGUGCGCACGACGAAGGGAUCGGCGGAGAGGCGGGAGUACUUGUGCCGGUGGCUGGUGGCGGCUACUGGGGAGAACGCCGAGGCGGUGGUGCCGGCGUUGGAGGGAGCGGCGGACUUCGGCGGGCCCAUCGUGCACACCAGCGCGUACAAGAGCGGCGACGCGUUCCGCGGCAAGAGAGUCCUCGUCGUGGGGUGCGGCAACUCGGGCAUGGAGGUGUGCUUGGACCUCUGCAACCACGACGCCAAACCUACCAUCGUCGUAAGAGACUCGGUGCACGUCUUGCCCCGGGAGAUGCUCGGCCGCUCCACUUUCGGGCUGGCCAUGUGGCUUCUCAAGUGGCUUCCAUUGUGGAUGGUGGACGGACUGUUGCUGCUCCUCGCUCGGCUCAUGCUCGGGAACACAGCCAAGUUUGGCCUGAGACGGCCGCAGCUCGGCCCGCUUCGCCUCAAGUCGCUCUCCGGCAAGACCCCUGUCCUCGACGUUGGCACGCUCGUCCUCAUCAAAUCUAAACACAUAAAGGUGAGGCCAGCUGGCAUAAAGAAGCUCAUGAAACACAGGGCCGAGUUCGUCGACGGUACGACGGAGGAAUUCGAUGCGGUCAUCUUAGCGACAGGUUAUAAAAGCAACGUACCGUGUUGGCUCAAGGAGAAGGACGGGUUGGGCAGUGGGUGGGAAGGGAAGACUAGAGAAGGGCUUUACGCUGUUGGAUUCAGCAAACGGGGGCUUUUGGGCUCCUCGCUGGACGCAAACAGGAUUGCUGGAGAUAUUGAGGAACGCUGGAAAUCUGAAUUGGAGAAGAUAAAGUGACCUUCGCUUGUUCGAUUGCAUUUUGAUAUCGUACUUCUAACCUUACGUAACAAAUUAAAGAUCAAGGAACUAAAAGGAAAAGGAAAUCGAGGUUUUUGUAAAAUUGUAGAAGCUACGUCCGUUUAAAUUUUGUGGCAGUCUAAGUGAAAGUCACGACUCACUUGGAUUGAGUGGGUUUGGAUUAGCUAGUGACGUGCGAGUUUGCGUGGAAAAUGUGUUUUUCCGCUUUUAAUUUCGUGUGUUUUUUAUAAUUAACUGUAAAUAUUAUCUAGUCAUUAUUUUGACUGUUUUUGUCUGGUAAACGUUGUA